UUCGGUUCGGUCAUUCGUCGCUAAUCGUAUAGUAAACUGAAAUGUUAUCCAAAUUAACUGUGAUAGUGUUCGCAAUCGGUGUUAUUUCCAGCAAUGGACAACAAUUGCCGCCGCCAAUAGUUAACAUCCAAGGCUUGGGAAACGUUCAGGGCUCGAUUGGUCAUACGGCAUGGACAAAUAGACCCAUCUUCAAGUUUCAAGCCAUUCCGUACGGGCAAUCCCCGAUUGAAGGUUUGAGAUUCAAGCCUACGGUGAAUGUCGGGCCUUGGAGUGGAACUAAAGAUGCUUCGAAACCGGGCGUCCGUUGCCCCCAGAUUACUAUGGAUUAUGUCAACGUGGACAACGAAGACUGCCUCACCUUAUCGGUGUAUUCUAAUAAUUUGAAUGCCACCCGUCCUGUGAUGGUGUACAUUCAUGGAGGUUGGUUCUAUACAGGGGGAGCAGACAUGUUCAAACCGGACUAUCUACUAGAAUCGGACAUCGUUUUGGUUGUGAUUCAAUACCGGCUGGGACCGCUCGGAUUUCUAAGUACCAUGAGCGAAGAUAUUCCCGGAAAUGCCGGAAUGCUGGAUGUGAUAGCUUCGUUGGACUGGGUUCAGCAGCAUAUCGGGAACUUUGGAGGGAACAGUGACGAGGUGACGAUCUUUGGUCAAUCCGCGGGAGCAUCCACGGUUACGGCAAUGCUUCACAGUCCAUUGGUUCAAAACCGUCCGCUAGCUCCUUUCCGAAAAGCGAUCAUCCAGUCCGGUUCGCUGCUGGUUCCGAGGCAUAUAGCUGAUUCACCAGUGGAAGGGGCAAUUGACAUCGCUAAUCGUAUGGGCUGUACUGAAGCAAGGAUUGAGAAGUGUUUUCAAGGAACAUCCACCAAAAUCCUUCUGGAAGCAUUUCUCGCUCAUCGAAACGAAACUAUUGCAAAGCGUGGAUUUCCGUAUGUAGCAGCAACGAACAUUGUGGUGGGAGGUCCGUCGGGACUAUUCCCUCAACAUCCUAAGCAUUACCAUCAAUAUGCGAACAAGGAGAUUUCCAUCAUGGCGGGAACUGUUUCACAGGAUGGUCUCUUCCUGUUGGAUGAGCUUUACCGAAUGCAGCCGACACUACCUAAGUCAUUUAACAGUGCACACGACUUGCUACUGUACGUUCGUACACUGCAUGAGAAGUUUGGCCAAACUAGACUCGAUGGAGCUAUGGAGGCAUACGCAAUCGGAAGCAACUUCCUGGAGCGGGAAAUCGAUCAACUGCGCUGGAAGGAUCUAGUGGCCAGCUUGACUGAUGUUUGCAGCACUAAUGGAGUAAAAGCUCCCGUGUUGACGGAAGUUCAUGCUUUUUCCCGCGUGAAUCCCGACAACGUCUACCUAAACAGUUUCGACUAUGCCAGUACGCAGAACGCGGAGAUUGAAUAUACCGUCCCAUUCCCACAUAAAGGGGCAGUCGCACAUGCCGAUGAACUCCACUAUCUAUUUCCUGUGAGGGCAUUGAACGCAGAUGAUAUCAAAAUGGCAAAGAUCAUGGUUAAACUAUGGACGUCCUUUGCAAUUAGAGGGGUACCCAGUGCCGAUGAUAUUCCCUUCUGGCCACCAGCGAGUCGACUAUAUGGACCAUAUUUGAAGAUCAACACGGUAAGCGAGCAGGGAAGCAACUACCGCAACGAGUUCACUGCUACUGCGGCCAAGUAUAGGGCAAAAGAGACUGAUCACUGA